UUCAGGACCGCAUCGGGGGAAAGACCUCCAACUGAAUCAUCAUCAUGACUUCGUUUGUGCCUCCAAUUAUCUCUCCUGUCCUGAAAGAAGCAGCCGAGCUUAAAAUUGAGGAGCUCAACCGUGUGAAAACGUCCUUUAAGAGCCGUUAUUAUGCCAACCCUAACAUUCUCGCCGCUGGGCCGGAUACGCUCAAGCGAGUAGACGCUCUCCUCGAAGAGAUCAAAAAGCUCGACCCAUAUCUUGAGAACGACGACGAUCUUGCAAGGCUAGCCCGCUACGUCGAGCAGGGAAAGAACGACCGCUCCAUUUCACAAGCCAAGCUUCAGAAGCUUGAGAAGCAGCUGUUGGAUAAGUUGGCCAUUCAUGCUCACCGGCUCGAUGUCUCGUCUCUGCACGUCGAUCUACUGAGAGAAGCCAUGUACCCGAACGACUCCCCUGAAGCAGUCUCCGCAAAGUUGGAGAAGGCCACAAUGGAAGAUGAAUUCGAAUUCCUCGAGGAGGGCGAGCUCGAAACGGCUUUCGAGAAAUUUGAGAAGAAUACGUUCGCAUCAAAGCAGGUCGAUGUCGAAGCUCUCGAGAAGUAUCUGUCCGGCCUGUUCCAAGAUAACGGAGGUAAUCAAGCCCUCGAAAGACUCCGUGAGGACAUUGGAGACUAUGGAGACGAUGUUAUGAACGGACCAGACGAACUAGACGAUGAGACGCUCGAGUGGUGCAUUAACGAUUUAAUUCAUAAUGGCUUACUCAGCGAUGAGAGGAGGAAAACUCUUCAAGGCUACUUACAGUCACCUAUAGUUCUUCGUGAACUAAAAAGCACUCUCAACGCGAAAUCGAUCCGGCAUUGGACAUGGCGGAACGUAGACAAAGGAUUACCAGUCACUGCUCGCAAGAAUUCGGAAGGAAAUUACUGCAUCACUGUGGAAGAGGAGAUCAUCGAUAUGCUCUUUCUCCAUACUCUUGCAAUUGGGUGGAGCUGCAAGCUCAGGGGCUCUCUUAAAGAUUUGGUCUCAAAUCCCUGUGUCUGGGUUCGCAGCAUUGGGCCAUUACCUAGUGAGAUGAACAAACGCGAAUAUUAUCUGCUCCCAACCAAGGUGCCUAAGAGGGCGCCAGCGCCGAGGCCAUCUGUUUGUACAGUGUGCCAUCCUCCACCCCCACCUCCUGGUCCUCCCCCACCACCGAUGAACUAUGGACCACCUCCGCAAAUUAUUUGCCCUCCGCCCCCGCCGCCUCCUUUCCUGAAAGCAAAGAAGAAAAAGAAGAAUAGCAGCUAUCCCCCCCCGCCGCCCUUCCCUAUGUACGGCCAAAUCCUUAAUGAGGAACGAUACAGGAACUUUUCGAAACAUUUCUUCCUUACUCGUCUCCCCGACCGCGAUGGGAGUACGCUAGGUGUCACCCCUGUUCAAGAGACUCAGUCGGAAUUGAUCAAGCACUUGGCAACCGAACUCAAAGUACGCGAAGCACUUUAUGGCGACGUAAACAUCUUCUCGACAAACUUUGAAUCUUUUGGCUCGUCUCUGCCGCACCAGACGAUCCUCGCCCUCCUGAAGUUCAUUGGCGUGCCAAAGCUCUGGCUUGAAGUCUUCACUCGUUUCCUUGAGGCGCCCUUGAACAUGGGUCCCGUAGUCCGAGGGACUUCAGACCAGAUAUUGACCCGCACUUGCGGCGUACCUGUCUCCCACGGCAUGGAGCUGUUCUUCGGUGAACUCACUCUCUUCUUCCUUGACUUUGCCAUCCACCAAAAAACUGGUGCAUACCUGUAUCGUCUUCGUGACAGAUGCUAUUUCGUUGGCAAGUCUGAGCAAUGCAAAAUGGCUGAAGAGGCCUUCUUCAAAUUUGAAACUGUCACGGGACUGAGGUCGGGUCCGAGUGGCUUGAUGUACGGCGCCAAGGUUGGCUUCCUUGAUUUCCCUCCGGUCAAUCAUGCCCCUGUCACCAUCAACAUUGAUAAUCACAAAGUUGAGGCAUAUGCUCGUCGGGUCAAGAAGCAAUUGACAGCCUGCACCACUGUCGUUGAUUGGAUUCGUACUUGGAACAGCACUAUUGGUACUUAUGCAGAUGACAAGUUUGGUCCUCUUGCGAACGUCUUUGGAAAACAUCAUCUUGAUGCCGUUAUGGGAGCAUAUAAUCGCAUCCAUGAGAUAAUCUUCGAAAGAAGCAACCUCACCGAUCAUGUCAAACAACUCCUUUCUAGACAUAUCCGCCCAACUCUCCAAGACCCACCGUUCGCUCUCGAACCGCUCAUUUUCCUGCCUACAGCCUAUGGCGGUCUCGGCGUCAAGAACCCAUACAUCACAUUGAACCUCGCAAAGUCUAUUGCGGAGAACCCAGGGGAGGGACUCAACGAAUACAUCAAAUCAGAGGAUGAAUACUACAACAAGGCCAAGGAGACGUUUACUGGCCUGAAGGCUGAUGCACGCGACCGCAAACUGAAUGUCAUCUUUGGUGAUGAUAAAGAGCGCAUAGCUUUUUGCUUGGGCGACAGGGACCCCUCUGUCUUCAUGUCUAAAGAUGAGCUCACUGCCCAUCGGGAGGAUUUUCCUUAUCCUACCCUCCCGCACCACACUUUCCCCUCUCCGGUCCCCUUCACCUACACGCCAACACCUGCGAUUACUCCAGUGUACAACUCGCUUCUAGAUGAGCCAAGAGAUGAAAUCAACCCAAGUGAGCGGAUUGAUGAUGAGACUAGAAGACUGAGCGGAAGAGACGGCAUGAAGAAUUGGUGGAGGAUGUGUGGGGAGGACAGGUGGGUGGUGGAGCUGUAUGGGGAGGAGUGUUUUGAAAGGUAUGGUGGUUUGGAGCUCUGGCAUGGAGAUUAUGUGCCAUUAGAGGUGGUGAAGAUGGUGCGGGGAGAAGAUGGAGAUGUGGAUGAUGAUGGGAGUACGAGUUCUUAUAGUCUCCCCUGAAGCGGAUGAGAAUGGCUUGAGGGCUUUAGCUGGCAAGCUAGUUGACUAGCACUUCCGUUUUCUCCUUUCACUUCCUUUGGUAACGUUUCUUUGUUAAUUUGGAAUACGUUAUUGCACUCUCAUUUCUCUCCUAUCGUCAAGAAGAAUGUUGUCACGAUCAUUAUGAAGCUACGGUUUUUUAAUUAAACAGUAUUCUAUCUCAAAUUUGUGCCUACUGAGGUCAUUCCUGCUCACACGUUUUGGCUGCUGAUACUUCCUACCUACUACUUCAACCUUUGUAAUUGCAUGA